UCUUCUCUUCCUUGUCUCUCAGUCAGCGUUUGAUGUCGGGCUCUGCAGAUCGGGCAAGUUAGGAACUAAUGCUUCCUCCAGUCGCCAACUGGAGCCAGUUCCUUUCAUAUGGUAUCGAGUUAUGGUUCAAUCCUGCCUCGGUCCGUAUUGGAGCUGUUUUCCCAUCGUCACUGCUUUUGCACUUCGCGCCACCGCACGAUCGAUUGUUUGCCGGCCCAAGGCGCUCCGAGCGGGACAUCAUGAAAUCAACAACCUCGCUCAGCGGCUCAGAGUCGCGAACAGGACCGCCGGAUUCCUCGCGGACGCCGUACAGGAGUAUCCGCGUGGGACAAGGGAUCCCCUUGUCGGCGGUGGCGUUGUCGGCGGCUGCGUCGCCGCUGUCAGCGGCAGCUGUUGCCAUCGUGCUCGUACUCGGCCGCAUCUCCGACGUCCCAGCGGGCUGGAGGACGGCGCGCUCACAAUAUGGAAAAUGUUUUACUGAUUAUUUAGGACAGAGAUCCCUAGGGCUUCGGAGCACCAUGCGACCAAGUUCCAGAUCACCAGGAUCGCGGGAUAUCCAGAAGACUGGAUACAAGAAUGGGCACCAAGGUCCAUGCGGGAAUUCGAUCCCACAAAUGCCGUCACAAGGCAGGCAGGUGGUUGAGAAGUGCUCACCCCUGCUCAUCCCUUUCAAUGGAUCAACAGUCUCCAACUCAUGCUGCCGCGAGAGGGAGGAAGAGGUAAAGCGAUGCUGGAUAGUUGACACAACUACCGAUCGCUGCAGAUGA